AUGUGCUCCCAAUGGACUGAUCAUGCCAUCCUCAAUACCACCUUUCAAUUCUCCUCCUCUCAACAGGGUACUUGGCUUUGGCGAGCUAAUCCCCAGCUAGUAAAGAACGAAUACUUCGUCACCGAAAUACACCAGGCGUUAGAUCAGUUCUUCCAGAAACCAGGUACUUCCCCUCAAACACAAUGGGAUGCACUCAAGGCCGUAGUGAAAACCAUUGCCCGUCGCAUUGGUCGCCGCCACAGCUCUUGGCGCAACCGACAGCUCAAACGGUUUCAAAGGAAACGCAACCAGUUGUUCAAACGAUAUCAGAAUCAACCAACCAUUCUCCGAGAACGAUUACCCGUUAUCGAGAAACUCAUCAGCGAUCUGCAACAGGAGAUCUCCAUCCAACAAACCAUUCGUGCGGGCAAAAUGUGGUGUGAACAGGGUGAAACGUCUGCCGGAUACCUCAAACGCACAAUCGCCACUAGACAAAUUCAACGCACCAUGUUAGCUCUCCAACAUCUAGACACCCACUCCAUUUGCGAUACGGCAGAGACUAUGCAGGAUGCUGCAGUAUGUUUUUAUCGUAAACUAUAUACUACUGACCCCAUAGAUUAUACCAGCAUCUCUGAACUCUGCAACACCAUCCCUGCCUCAACACAGAUCCCAGUAAACAGCCAACCCACCUUGGAGACGCCAUUUACCAUCGACGAGAUUAUGACUGGUGCACAGCGGUCGCCCAACCAUAGCAGCCCAGGUACGGAUGGUCUACCCUAUGAAAUCCUAGCGGUGCUAUUAUCCCACCAACAAACAGCCCAACUUGCCCAUGCCGUCUUCAAGGAGGUUCUUACCCUCGGUAUCUUUCCCGACAGCUGGCUCACUACUUGCAUGUGCCUGCUCCCUAAAAAGGGCGAUCUCACAGACCUGAGGAAUUUUCGUCCCAUCUCGUUAAUCAACUGCGAUGCCAAAAUCUUCAUACGCCUGCUCAACCAGCGUCUGAUGCCACAUAUGCAACAACUAAUCAGCCCCCAACAACUUGGAUUCAUGCCGAACCGCUUCAUUGGCGAGCACGGCUUCACAUUACAGACCACCAAACUCCUAGCUACUACCAACCACUCAUCUGCCAUUGCUCUUCUUUUGGAUCAAGAAAAAGCAUAUGAUCGUAUUCAUCCCGAAUAUCUUCAACACACUAUGCUCCAAUUUGGUAUUCCACAAUCUUUAACACACUGUAUCAUCUCACUUUUCUUCUCCACUAACAUUCAAAUCAACAUUAAUGGCCACAUCACCACGGCACCUUUUCCUCAAGAAAGAGGCCUUCAACAAGGUGAUCCACUCAGUCCCCUCCUUUUCAACAUUGCUUUUGACCCUUUCCACUCAACAGAACCCUACUUUUGA